AUGGUGGAGAACCAAGCUUUAAUCAUUGGCUUAGAAAUGACUCUUGACUUGGAAAUUCACUACCUCACAGUCUAUGGGGAUUCGAAAUUGGUAAUCAACCAAUUGAAGACAAAGUAUGAGGUGCGUAAGGACAACCUAGUUCCCUAUCACCUUUAUGCAAUCCAAUUACUAAAGGAGUUCGAACAUGCUACCAUUGAACAUGUACCCAGAAGCGAAAACAAGCAAGCAUAUGCCCUUGCCAAUCUAGCAGUAGUCUUAGCACUCACAGAUGUUGAGGACUGGAGACAACCCUUCAUCGACUAUUUGCAGCAUGGGAAGUUGCCCGAAGAUUCUAAGCAUAGAGUUGAGAUACGACAUCGAGCACCUCGUUUCCUAUACUACAAUGAAAACCUCUACAAACGCUCCUUCAAUGAUGUCUACAUGAGGUGUAUCCACGGAGAGGAAGUCCAGAGUGCAGUUGACCAAGCACACUCAGGAGUUUGUGGUGCUUAUCAAUCAAGACUUAAGCUCCAUAAUCGCCUUAAGCGAAUGGGCUUCUAUUGGCCAACAAUGCACCUCUUCAUCCUAGCAGCAACGGAUUACUUUUCCAAAUGGGAUGAAGUGGUUCCUCUUCGAGAAGUAAAGAAAGAAGAUGUUGUCAACUUUCUCUGGACUCACAUUGUCUAUCGUUACAGUGUUCCACGUUACAUAAUCAUAGAUAAUGGGAAGCCAUUCUCAGCAGCAUUAGUGACACAGUUUUGUGACAAGUUUGGCAUUAAGAAGAGGUUUUCAACCAUGUAUAAUGUAGUGGCCAAUGGACUUGUAGAGGCCUUCAACAAAACUCUCUGUAAAUUACUUGAGAAGAUUAUGUCCAAGUCCAAGAAAGAUUGGCAUGAAUGUUUGGAUGAGGCCUUAUGGGCUUAUCGGACAUCUUACCGCACCGCUACAAAUGCAACUCCUUUUGCUUUAGUAUAUAGUGUAGAAGUUGUACUUCCCCUAGAGAGACAAAUGAACUCCCUAAGGAUGCUAUCCAAGAGGGAAUUACAGAAGAUGAAAAUGCAAAACUACGAUUAG